GUGGCCCACAGGGGCUGCUGAGAGGGCUCUUCUGGCUUCUGAGGAGACUGCUGCUUCUAGAACUUUCUCUAGAUGGGCCUUUGAGGUGCUAAGUCAAGACCUGCCCUCUAGGAGUCGUUCUCGUGAGCAGUUUCGAGGCGCCCCGAGGCCUUGCUCCCCCUCUGAGGCAGAAGUAUCGGUUGAGGCGUUUUUAGCCCCUGCAGCCCGAGUGGGAGGCUGCUGGUUGCUUGGUGCUUUUAGACGGGCGAAGGAAGGAAGGGUCCCUGGUUUCCCCGGUGUGGGGACGCCGGCAGCUUUGGGAGAAGGAAACAAGUUCACAUCUCUCUGUGGGAAACCUUCUAGCAACAGGAUGAGUCUGCAGUGGACUGCAGUUGCCACCUUCCUCUAUGCAGAGGUCUUUGUUGUGCUGCUUCUCUGCAUUCCCUUCAUUUCGCCCAAGAGAUGGCAGAAGAUCUUCAAGUCUCGCCUGGUGGAGUUGGUAGUGACCUAUGGCAAUACCUUCUUUGUGGUUCUCAUUGUCAUCCUUGUGCUGUUGGUCAUCGAUGCUGUACGUGAGAUUCGGAAGUAUGAUGAUGUGACAGAAAAGGUGAACCUCCAGAAUAAUCCUGGGGCCAUGGAACACUUCCACAUGAAGCUUUUCCGUGCCCAGAGGAAUCUCUACAUUGCUGGCUUCUCCUUGUUGCUGUCCUUCCUGCUUAGACGCCUGGUGACACUCAUCUCCCAGCAGGCCACACUGUUGGCCUCCAAUGAAGCCUUUAAGAAGCAGGCAGAGAGUGCUAGUGAGGCGGCCAAGAAGUACAUGGAGGAGAAUGACCAGCUAAAGAAGGGAACUGGUGUUGACCGAGGCAAGUUGGAUGUCAGGGACAUGGAGGUGAAGCUGGAGGAGGAGAACAAGAACCUCAAGGCUGACCUGAAGAAGCUAAAGGAUGAGCUGGCUAGCACUAAGCAAAAAUUAGAGAGAGCUGAAAAUGAGGCUGUGGCAAUGCGGAAGCAGUCUCAGGGCCUCACCAAGGAGUAUGACCGCCUGUUGGAGGAGCAUGCGAAGCUGCAGGCUGCGGUAGAUGGCCCCACGGACAAAAAGGAGGAAUGAGGGCUCCCUCCUCCCCUGCCUGCAGUGACUUCCACCUGGCGCUGCUUCCUGAGAGCCUGGCCGCUCCCUGCGGUCCUUCAGUCCCUCCCUCUGCUCUCCCAUUCUCUCCCACAGCUUCUAGCUUGUCAUCUUGGCUCCUCUCCACUCUCCUACACACCACUGGGAUCUGACUGCCACGCAUUUCAGCAAGUUCAAAAUGAGUUGGUUGUUGUCCUGCCUAGCCCAGCCUGGCUUCCAUUUCUGAGAGUGUGGAAGACAGGUAGAAGCUCUUGGCAGCAGGGCAUGCCCCCUAUGGAUUUGAGCCCCCUGUUUGUUUUGCUGGGUUUAUGUUUUCUCUGGUCCUGCAGGAGGGUGGGUGAAGCAGGCAGAGUCCAGCUUCUCUUGGGGGUAAUAAAGGUUAUGAUGUGCA